CAAUAUUGAGGCGCACAUUGAGACUCGCGAUGCCCAGGACAUGGCAUAUGAAUAAUCUAAUAAGGGCCAGGACCGGGUAAAAAGCGCAAUAAUGUCUCGCUACGGCGAGGGCGGAUACGGAGGAGGUGGCACAAAUCCCUACGCGAAUGGAUACGGCGCAUCGAGCAACGAGACAAAUCCUUACGGAGGAGCACCAACGGCAAACUCCAAUCCAUACGGUGGUAGCGCAGGCGCUUCAGAUCGAUAUGGUUCGAAUUCCGGUGCCACAAACCCUUAUGGAGACAGUUCCUUCGGUUCAUCAGCGACAUCAUUGCAACAGCCGUCGUCCUCCAACCCCUACGGUGGAAGCGCAAGCUCAUAUAGCUCAGCGGCACCUACGCAAAGUCUCAAAGGAGCAGGCCAAUUAGGUGGCUUCCAGCCCCGCAAUCGUCGACAGGGCGGCUACGGCACCGGCCCGGUGACUUCGCCGCAGUCUGCUGCGAUGGAAUACGGAAACAACUUCGACGGCAGAAACGAAGAUGCGUCAGAAGACGGAACCCGAACCACGGUCAACAGGCCCACCAGCCUCGAGCGAUCACAGGCGAAAAGACGAAGCGGCGGCGCCGGUCCCCGCAGUCCCACGCGAAAAAUCAAUGGCGCCGGUGGAUCAGGCAGCCAGCAGAUUGAGGACGUGUUGGGAGUAAUACAAAGAGACUGGGCUUUUAUGACGGAUGAGAAUUGCAUACCUGUUGAAGUGGCGCUAAAACUCAUGGAUGAUUCAAGUUUGGGCCUAGCCCGUAGAGAAAGAGAGUUCAAGGAGACUCAUCAGCAGCUACAGAACGCCCUUCGAGCCAUCGUGAACGAACACCACCAGGGGUUUAACAGUAGCAUAGGCACAUUUCACAGCAUUCAGGCAUCGAUCCAAAGCAGCCAAUCGAGACUGCGUGCUUUGAGGGACUCGCUAGUUACCGCCAAAAGCAGCCUUAGCACCACCAAACCUGAACUCAAAGGACUAGCCAUGAGGAGCCAGGAAUUCGAAGACAUGUUGCAGAUCCUGUCGUCGAUUGAGCAUCUACAGGGCAUACCAGAAAAGCUAGAGGCGCGGAUCUCAGAGAAGCGAUUUCUGAGCGCUGUGGAGUUGUUACAGGAUGGGUUGAAGACAGUCCGCAAUUCAGAGAUGGACAGCAUUGGUGCAUUGAGCGAUAUGAGGGUAUAUCUGAGCAACCAAGAGCAUUCGCUUACGGACAUCAUGAUUGAGGAGCUGCACAACCAUCUGUACCUGAAAUCGCCGUACUGCGAGAAUAGGUGGAAGCAAUACGCACCGCAACAUAUCAAGGCCACCAUAGCAAUGACAAAUGGCCAACAGCAUGGUCCGAGACAGUUGGUAGGAUUUUUGGAAAAUUUGGAUACUGCGUCGAAAAUUAUGCAAGACGAUCCUUCAAGGAAUCCGGAGGCGGAUAGUUUCUUCUACAUACAACUUAUUAUCGAGUCACUCAACAAUCUAGGACGACUUGACGUGGUUGUCGAAUCGAUCACGCAGAGAAUGCCGGUCGAAUUAUUCAAGGUAGUGGAAAAGAGCAUAAAUGAGGCAGACCAAAGGCAUCCCACAUCACUACGUGGGAAAAGACCGGGGAAUUCGGACGUGCUUGAUAGUAGCAAUGCUGCUAGGAGCGUCGUCUUGAACGAUCUUUUAGGAUCUCUUUUUGCUCGUUUUGAGGCCAUUGCUGAAGGACACCGGGUCGUACAUGAGGUUAUCUCUGGUAUUCUCCGUCGCGAAGGUAUGAGAACGUCUUCCGCGCUGACUGGUGGUUUCCGCGAACUGUGGAAAUUGUACCAAAGCGAAAUUAGAUCUAUCCUACACGAUUACCUCGCUGCAGAUGGCAAUUUGGGCUUCCGUAAUGGUGAGGGCAGCAACAGGCCUGGCAGCAUCUUUUCGCGUGUCCAGCGUGACAAAAACAAGCGGAUUUUCAAACUUAACGACAUGGACAGCAAGUCAUCGGACAUCAAUUCAGAGCGCGAGGAUCUGGAAGCUAUUCUGAAGACCUCGGUUCCUGGCCUCGUCUCAGACUCCAAACGACCUAACCAGAUGGAUCAGAAUGGCACUUCCAACGGGGUAAGCACUGAUGGUAGUGCAACUGGCCACAAAUUACUUGUCGAACCAUCCGUAUUCAAUAUGGGCAUCCUUCUCCCACCAUCUCUCACGUUUCUCUCGCGCCUUAAAGAGAUCGUUCCUCCGACCUCUGACAUUGUUCUCAGCAACCUAACCUCCUUUCUUGAUGACUUUCUUGUCAAUGUUUUCCUUCCACAACUCGAGGAAACCCUCUCUGAUGCUUGUGCCCAAACCUUUAUAGAGGCCGAUGCCUUUCAACAGGAUCCAAACUGGUCUCACCAUAGCACUAAACCUAUCUUCAGAGGAACACGCAAAUUUUGGGAGCUAAUAAGGAGCUUCUGUACCCUUUUGACAGGCCUACCACAUGAUCAGGCGUUUUCUCAGCUGAUCAUAGGACAGAUCAUGAUGUACUACGAGAAGUGCCAUGGAUGGUUCAAAGCUGUGGUAGCGAGGAGCAAGCCUCAUCCAACUAGCGGGAGGUUAGUGAAGAUUGGUGUUGCGCUUGCAGAAGGCAUGGCGGAUGAGGAUGGCGAGCUGAAGGAGGCGAUCACGAAGCUUUCCCAGUUGGGAGAGAACGACGAGGAGGAGAGGAAAAAAUGGCUGGAGAAGGAGAUAGAGCUGUUACUUGAUAGCGUCGACGGCAUCACCAUCGACGAGAGUGAUCUGAUUCUCGAUCCGAGAAGCAUUCAGUUGUUGUGCACGCUGCACACAAGCAUGAAGUGGCUCGCUGGGCAAACAGUACAGUUAAGGCUUGUCAGCACCGAGGCAGUUGAUUCGUCAAGAAGAGAAAGCAGACAAGGCGCGAGUAGAAGGUGGACUCUCGUUGCCAAUGCCCGUGGAUCUCCAGAUUCUGGAAAGGCCUUCCUACCUCUGAAUGACGAGACGGCAGAGCAGUUUGAUGCCGCAGUAGGUCUAUACAGGCAACUUGCCGUCUCAGUGAGUCGCAUGCUUCAUGUGGAGAUACGAUGCCAUGUCCUUCAUUUCAUCGAGAAGGCAAUGAAGCAGACGUUUGUGCUGGAUGCCGAGGUGCAGGAACCAGAUCCAGAGGUCGUUGCUCUGAACGCUGAUAUUGUCUCAUUCGAUGAUAUCUUGGGAACUUGUCUACAAGCUCCGGUGCGAAGCUUCGUCCUCACGGGAAUUUCUUCUCUGCUGGACAAGUAUCUCAUCUCUCUUACCCCUACCAUCAACGCGAUGAACUUGGCUGGAGCGCACCGCCUCCAGCUUAACAUUCUCGUUCUGCAGCAGAAUCUCAAGAAUGUCGAACCUUCAGCGUCACUGGCUCAAUCGGCGAGUUACUAUGAGCUCUUCACCGCCGGCGCGGACGAAAUUGUUAAGCGAGCGAAGCAGCAAGGCAAGGCGAUCGGAUUUACGGCCGAGCAGAUAAGCAUGCUGCUGAAACUUGUAUACAGUGAAGCGCUUGCUAGCGACAGGCGCGAGGUCAGCGUUGCUGCGGAAAGGGGUCUCGCACAAAGUGAAUUGGAAGUUAGUGAGUACCUGUACUAAAUUACUACGAAGCGUCUUGAACAUCAGCUGCGAAUCAUCGAUUCUUUUGUCUAGUGAUGGGUUGUGGAGCUUUAGCUUCAAAUCAAUGUCGUCCCUACAAUGCGAUCACCAUCAUCAAUAAUGAGACGUCUGCCAUUCUUCGACCACGCGCCCC